GCUGUAGGGCUCGUGGCGCCAUCUCGUUUUAACAAGACACACUAUAACUCAGAGCGCCAUGUGAUGUACAGAUGGCAUACCACAGCGACCGCUGGAUGUGAUUUCACUGUAGUCAACUCUACGCUUGCUAGAUCUUCGUUUAAAACCCACGGCCGUCUUCGCGCGAAAGGACGCAUAUCCCGGUGUGACCAGUAGAUCACGUGGGACUCGGAGCGCGCAUCCGGAGAAAUCUGGAUUACGGCACUGCAAUGGCGUCCUCUGCGUCCACUUCGACGGCGUCCAUCGAGCCUGCUGCAGACACCAACUCGACUGGCAGCAACGAGGCUAAGUCUUGUGCGGACGCUUCGCAGGAUCCAACCACUAUAAUGGUGCUCACCUUGAACACGGAAAAUGGCCUCAAGGCGACGCACGGUGGAUAUGGGUUCACGUAUUCCUCGCGGGAUGGCCCAGUAUUCCGAUGGCGAUGCGUGCUUCGCCAGUGUGGUGUAAUCUUGAAAACCUAUCGUCUCGAAGGCCAACACUACUUGCUCCAUGCCGAGCCGCACAACGAAGAGGUGCACAACUGCGAGUCUUCUCGUCCUUCUGGAGGCGGUGUUCGAACCCCGUGCACUCCGCACGAUGGUCCAAAAACGAAGGCGGAAUCCUGCGCGGACAAGGUGGAACGCGUCACCAACAAAGAAGCGGAGGACAAGAUCUGCGGACAUGGGAAGCACCAACUCAUGGAGGUCGACACCGACAGUGACAGUUCGAUUGACUGGCGGCCGCGGACGGAGAAGAGGAAGCGGUCCCUCAAGUCGGUGUGCUCGAGCAGCAACGGGGGCGGGGCCGGCCCGUCCGCCAGCGUGAAGUGGAGCAGCGGGAAGCAGAAAGGGGGCGAGGCCUCACGGCUCAUCCAGGAGGAAGAGCCGCCUGUCAAAAAGCGGGGGGAAUUGCCCCCCGUGGAGACGGCGUCCCCCAAGGUACGCAAAGGGCCCCCGGACACAGUCAACAGCGACGCACAGGUCCCGGCGAAGAAGUCCAUAGGCCACCGCCUGCUCAUAGUCGGCGCGUUCAGCCACAGGCCGCCCUUGCGAGACAGGCCGCCACGGAAGGCUGAAGGCGCAACGGGCGACAACAUCAAGACAGAAAGUACCAAAGAGAGCGGCGCAGGCAACCUAGUCGACAAUCGGGCUUCGGAGGUUCGGCGGAGUCCCGUCCACGUCCAGCAUCCCGGGGGCUCGAACAAACCAGAGACUUCUGCUUGGCCGUUCAGUGACCAAGGGGCCAAAGAAAGCAAGCUUAGUCCGCCUCCUACUCCAGCUUUAGGGGCUGACGACGCCGACACUAUUCAAAAUGACGCCUUUGAUGGAGCCUACAGUUGUUUUGUUUUGUCCGACGACUCCAUGAACGGGGAUAUCGAAGAGAAGCCCGGUGCCGUCAAACAGCAAGCAGGCGACACGAACUCUCGGGAUGCAAAGGCAGGCGGCAAGGGAUCACUCGAUCCUCCAUUCCCAAUCGCUUCGUACGAAAGCAUGAGGAACGGUUGGAAGACCGCCGACGAUUCAGCCGGAAUAGCGUUAAUUAUGCGCGGUUUGGGUCGCAAGCAAAUCGUCUUGAAUAUGAAUCUGAAAACUGGGGAUCCGCGCGACAAAGAACUGAGCGAAAGGUUGCUUUCGGAGGAGCGCCGUCUGUUACAGGCCAAGGCCUAUUUGGUGGCUCAGCAACGAAAGACUGAGGCAUUGCUAACUCAGCUUUUAAGCAAGAAGCGUAAUUCUAACAUGGCCGACAACAAAAGAUAGCGGGCGUGCAGCCUUCGAUGGUUUGAGUGGUUAUAGUAGGUCUGUACUGUGUCCUUUACGGGGGCUUCUUUUUUGUAGAGCCCUUGUGAACGGUAGAGUAACAUUAGGGAGUUUUAGAAUAACGUACGAAAUUUUAGCGCACGCUAGCGCUAAAUUUAGCGCUUGUAUUAGCGCACGCGACGCAAGAGAGUUUUAGAAUAGCGUUUCUCCGCCUCGACGCAAAAGCCCGAGCAGCUCGCGCUUGCGACGCCACCAACACAAAGUCACAAUUUUUAUUUCACACACGAAAUGCUGUAACUUUAGAAAAAAACAAGUUUUUUGGUUCAGAGUACUAUUUUAGAUUUGUUUAAACAUGAGAAUGCGACGCGAGCGGUUGUCAGGUCGUGUCCGCUUGCAUCGCCUCGGCAAGAGAGGCCUCGUGUACUGGCCUUCGCACAUCGUACCUUGGCCGAGAAAUGUUCACGCGUCGCAAGCAUCAAGUUGCCGGGGGUCGUUGCCAAACCGCGUACAAUGUCGUCCCGCAUUGAAAAUCGCAGUCGCGAGGAUGCCGCCGACGUCGCACUUACGACGCCGCCAAAGCAGCCGCCGACAUAAUCCUGGAAGCCGCCAUUUUUUAACUCUGCUCGUCUUGGCUUUAGCCAACUUCUCAUCACCAAUCCUCCUUGGAGAAGCGCGAGGACUCUUUGCGUACGCACGCUAUUUCCGAGAAAUAGCGCACGCUAAAAUUGCGUACGCAAAGCGCAAAAUCUGGUUUGCGUUCGGAGCAUGCGCAGUGGCGACGGCGCUAUUCUUUGCGUACGCAAAACUUUAGCGUGCGUUAUUCUAAAACUCCCUAUUUUUGCCUAGCGUCUCUCACUGGUUGCUCGGUAUCGCUUUUGAGCCAAGAAGCCGGUCGAGGGGCAGAUUUAAGUGAGGCCAUGGGGGCACCGCACUCUCGAGCUUUCCAAGCCAUCUUUUUUAUGAAAGAAAACAACGACAUACCUACCAGCUUCACCCGUUUCACCCGUGACAACAGACACCCCAACCCCGCCCUCCCCAACCGCCUCUGCGCCACUUGAUAACACCACAAGGUGCUUACACCCGACGCCGUGAAAGGCUGGCGCGCUUUUCUCUCUGCAGCCAGCUUCUGUUUUCUGGCUUCACGACGCCAUUUUUGAGCGAUAGCGCUAGCGAGGAAAAAACAUUUUCAGCUAGGAAUCGCGUUGCGUUUAUGUACUAUAUGGGGGCUUACGUGAUGCACGUUCCUAGAAAAAACAAUAAAAAAAAAAACACGAAUCGGCUUUUUGGCUUAUCUCAGUCUCUUCUCACGUCCGCCUGAAACCACAGUCUGUUGCAGCAUUACACGCAGUACUCAGCGGAAUAAUAAUAACAAUAGGUUUUUUGCAGGUUUAUUCUCUUUAUAUCGUAAGGGUUGUUUUAUGAAGCUGCUUGUGUGUGAGGGCAGGCAAUUAAAAAAAACGAUCGCAUAACCUUAUCAGGAUAAGGUAAUACAAGCAAAAUAUACCAAGAAGACUUACCAUACCACCAUUAAUCUAUUUGCAUUUUUUAUGACAAUAGAUUACUACAACGUGUUAUAUAACAUUACUUUUUUACCCAACGAAUCCCCGAAAAGCAAUGCAAUUUGUUUUUUGUAAUGUGCCAUACCUAUGAAUGUUUUUUUGUUUGUUUGUUUGCCAAUUAUAGUGAUGUUGCAGGGUAGGGGAGGAUGCUGUUGCCUAGUAAGGCAUUUUCAUUGCCUUUUGCGAUAGCCCCCAGACAACUACAUUUGUUUGUGUUGUUGUCUAAGUAAAUGAUGACAUGAAAGCGCAAAGACUGAACCUAUAAAUGUUGUGCCUUUAAAAGAAGUAAUAUUACAUGGGAUAUUUCUCUCUGCCGCAUAGUAUACUAUGAGAUUACUUCACGCUAAAAGUAGGAGACUUUUCGAAAAAUCCCAGGAGACCUAGCGGUUUCCUGAGAUUUUCGUCGCGGCGUCGGAAAUCGGGGGCUGUGUUUCCAUGUGUACGAUUGGGGCGACUCGGACGCUACCCGGAUCCUGGCGAAAAUUUUAUGAUUAUGAUUGGGAGUUCAAUAUUUUACGAAACAUGAACUGCCUCUUGAGUCCCAGGCGACUUAUGGUCGAACCGCGUCUUUGCAAGCCUAUUGAGCUUGCUUAUGUCACCAGUGCUAGAAAGCAUAUAUGUUGCACGGACUACAAUGUUGCAGAUAACGAGGGCCUUCGGCUGUACAAUAUUACAUAUUGGAGGAGGCAAGUUGGUUUACAAGAGUACUCAAAGCAUUGCGAGAGAUCUCGCGAUUAAUGCUUCGUUAUUUUGGUGCUCACCUGUAGAAUAGGUGGUUAAGUGUUCCACCUGCAUUUCAAGCAGCGGUGUUAAGGUGGUCUUUGUUCAUUCUUUUUAUAAAGCGGAACUUCUCUGGGACAUCAACAACUUGAGCACCUCCUGGUGGUGUUUGCCAUAAAAAAGGGCUUAUAGUGGAGUAAGCAAUCACUGCAAAUGAUACCACAGCUUACCUUCACAGCGUGGAGUGGUGCCUUCAUUUUUUCUUCCCACCUUUCUUGCGUGUUUAAACCAGAAAAGCGUUUGACGUGAAGAUCCUGCAGUUUAACAUGAGUGUGAAAUGUAUGGGCUCCGUGGAAAGAGAUAAUAAAGACAUUAGUUCGAUCUCCACAAGUAAAAGUUACGUGCUUGUUAGACAAAUUAAUCGCUUACCUUUUUCAUUAGACGUUACUGUGAAGAUGAAAAGCCUCUCUCCAUCAUCGUUUUUCCCGAAGCCCAGCCGUUUCGCUGUCAUCUAUGGUGGAUCAUGACAUUAAUUUAUUUGUGUGUGCUCACGCACACUUGCUGCUGCUGUCUCGUGGAAAAAUCGUGCACCACCUAAUAUAAAUGUUUGGUUCACCAUCCAUAAGCGAUGCUUCAUUAUAACGAUAUUUGAGCCAUAUUGAUACUUAAAUAAAUUUUUAAAAUCUUCAAAUAAUUUGGAGGAAAUUCAUAAAACAGCACGCGAGUCGCUUGAGGGUUUCGAAAUAAUCAAAGUAGCUAAAGAUAGCUGCGUCAGUUUAACGACUCUUUUUCUUCAUUCAAAAGAUAUAGUUUUUUUAACCCGUGGUCACACUGCUUAUGCA